CGCGAGGGGCGCCGGCGGCAGAAGCGGGGGCUGUUCCGACGAGGUGCCGUAUAGGAUGGAUUUCCAGCCCAGCAUCCUGCGGGAUGGCAGCCCCAUGGAGAGCCUGGAGAAGCAGCUGCUCUGCCCCAUCUGCCUGGAGAUGUUCAGCAAGCCCGUGGUGAUCCUGCCCUGCCAGCACAACCUCUGCCGCAAGUGCGCCAACGACGUCUUCCAGGCUGCCAACCCCUGCUGGCAGAGCCGGGGCAGCAUCAUCCCGGGGGGCCGGUUCCGAUGCCCCUCAUGCCGCCACGAGGUGCUGCUGGACCGCCACGGCGUCUACGGGCUGCAGAGGAACCUGCUGGUGGAGAACAUCAUCGACAUCUACAAGCAGGAGUGCUCCAGCAGGCCCCUGAAGAAGGGGGAGCACCCCAUGUGCAAGGAGCACGAGGACGAGCGGAUCAACAUCUACUGCGUCACCUGCGAGGUCCCCACCUGCUCCAUGUGCAAGGUCUUCGGGGCCCACAAGGACUGCGAAGUCGCCCCUCUGCAGAGCGUCUUCCAGGGCCAGAAGAGCGAGCUCAACAACUGCAUCUCCAUGCUGGUGGCGGGGAACGACCGGAUCCAGACCAUCAUCUCCCAGCUGGAGGACUCCUGCCGCAGCACCGAGGAGAACAGCGAGGCGGCCAAGCGGGAGCUGUGCGCCCGUUUCGACGCCUUCGUGGCGCUGCUGGAGGAGAAGAAGACGGAGCUGCUGGGGCGCAUCGGCCGCGAGCAGGAGGACAAGACGGGCUUCGUGCAGGGCCUCAUCCACAAGUACAAGGAGCAGCUGGAGAAAUCCAGCCGGCUGGUGGAGACAGCCAUCCAGGCCAUGGAGGAGACCGGGGAGGCCACCUUCCUCAUGAACGCCAAGCAGCUCAUUAAAACGAUCGUGGAGGCCUCGAAGGGCGGCAGGCUGGAGAAAAUCGAGCAAGGCUACGAGAGCAUGGACGCCUUCUCGGUGAGCCUGGACCACCUCGCCGACGCCGUCCGCGCCUUGGACUUCGAAGCAGAUGAGGAGGAUGAGGAGUUCUAUGAGGAGGUGGAGGAAGAGACAGAAGGGGACUCAGCGCCCGGGAGGAUGGUGACAGCACCCUCCCACCACCCUCUCCCUCCCGCAGCCCCCCAGUAGCCGUGGCGGGCGCAGGAUGUCCGGCGACGGGACCUGGGGACGCGCCGAUGGGGGCUGGCUGCCCGGCGAGGCGAUGGCUGCUCCAGCACAGGACACUUUUCUAUACGGGUGCAAAGGAUUAUUCCGCACGUUUUAUAUGUUCCUUGUUUUGUAUAUAAUUGUAACGGAGUUGAAUUUUGUGUAUUUUAUAAAGAAAACCAGUGCUUUGGGCAUU